AUGACCGAUGAAGAAAGCAAGACAGCCAAAGCAGGAAAUCGGCAUGGACGGCGAAGCUUUUCCUCUCGCUCGAACAAGCAGGCGUUCCGUGGUGGUAGGCGACGUUAUGGUGGUGAGUUCAUGUACCCCACUGGUGGAACAAAAGAAGAUCCUCUCAAUCUCAACGCGGUGAUAUCUGGCGAUGAAUCAGUUUCUACCAAAGAAUCGGGCGCCGCGGUGUCUAAACCUAUUGAGGUGGUUAUUCCGAAGAAUAUGAAGGAUCCUCUCAAUUUAAAUGGUAUAGAGAAACAAAGGAAGAAGUAUUGCUAUGGAAAUUUCGAUCGUUACUACGGUGCACGGCUGGAACCUGGCAAAAAAGAUAGUCGAUUGUCUAUAAUGAAAAAGGAGUGGUUCGAAAAGAAGAGCGUCCUUGAUAUUGGGUGCAACGUGGGUUUCUUGACCUUGUCAAUCGCACGUGACUAUGGACCUCGUCGAAUCCUUGGCAUAGACAUUGACGAUCAUCUUGUGGGAGUGGCUCGUAAAAACAUUCGCCAUUAUUGCGACCAAGAUACCGAGUUCGUCGGAAAGUUUCCUGCGUCGUUCUGCACCAACUUUGGUCCGAUUUCUAAUCACACCUUAUCUUUCUCUACGAAAUUCCCUGAUAAUGUGUGGUUCCGACGAGAAAACUACGUGCUAGAAAGUGAUGAGCUGCUGGAAACGGUCGAAGAAGAAUUUGAUGUGAUUUUGGCAUUGAGCAUCACAAAGUGGAUUCACUUGAAUUUCGGUGACGAUGGCUUGCGGCGAUUCUUCCGUCGUGCGUUCAACCAGCUGCUCCCAGGCGGUAGAUUUAUUCUUGAGCCGCAGCCGUUCGCCAGCUACAGGAAGAGAGCAAAGAUGACGGAAAAGAUGAAAGCAACUUAUGCCUCUAUAGAAUUCAAACCGGAAGAUUUUGAGAUGUAUCUCAUUGAAGAAGUGGGUUUCGAAAGUGUGGAACAUCUCGGUGCUCCUUGCGCGAAAACCAAAGGUUUUGAGCGUCCAAUUGAUGUCUAUUUGAAGAAGCCACCACGUUUUCUAGAACGUGCAGCCGCUAGUUCGGAGUGA